GGAACACUGUCGAUUUUUAUGAGUCUUGUCGCUUACCAAGGUUCUGCCAUUGUUCCACCCUCUCAGGUUAGGUUCAAACUUCGCUUCUCCCCUAUAUACUGAUAUUACGUUGGUUGCCCAUGCCAGUGAAGGUUGAGAGCCGGAAUGGCUUGUGCUUGUCUUGUCUGGGGCCCUAUUAAAGUGUGCCAGCUCUUAGAUCUUAAAACUAGGUCUGUUUGCACCAGCCGUUCGUCGUUGUCUUACUGCUGUAGCUAUUUCGACCAUGCCCUUGUCCCCCCAGUUCAUGGAAGACCUCUGGGUGCGGAGGUCAUUCUCCGCAGCAGGUCAUACGUUGCUAGUCUACGACUACCUCCUAACUUUCAGAGAAGAAGUCGUUUACAUCUGGAACGCCCCCUGGACAUUUGUCAAAAUCCUGUUUCUUCUGAGUCGGUAUGGAAAUCUUAUUGGACAGACUGCCAUCCGGCUAGAAGAGGCUGGUCUCCUUGCACAUAAUUCUCAAGAGUUCUGUCAACGCUUCGCAAUCUUUACCACUUGCUUUAUGUUUGUAUCCACCGAGUCGAUCCACAUCCUCGUACUCGUGCGUGCAUGGGCUAUCUGGGGAACUCGAAAGUAUGUAGCGAACAUCAUCGGAUGGAGCUACGUGGGCUACAUCAUUAUGCUGUUGGCUGGCUCAGCGUUCAAUUUACACAACGAUAAUAUUCAGUUUGAAUUCCUCGACGUGAUUCAUGUUUGCACAGCCAAAAUGACUAAAUAUGUGUGGUUGAUUUAUGUCGGAAGCUUCAUCCUCGAUAUAGUCCUCUUCGUCUUGACGAUGCGAAGUCUUCGGAUAUACUCUAGGGAAUUCCGGCAACUCUACCCCUCUGCUCUCCUUCACAUACUCUUUCGAGACGCGACCAUAUUUUUCAUCACUAGUAUAUGUAGUAAUGCGUUGACCGUCAUUUCUUGGGCUGUAUUCGGGGACGAUCCAACAUAUUUCCUUGGUAAAGGGUUCGCGACUCCGUUACUUUCAGUGGUUGGUCAGCGCCUAGUCCUGAACCUUCGAGGUCUUCGAACGCGUUCCUACGCAACUCGCGAUCUCAGCCGUGAAGUGGACCGGCAACUUCAAGCAUUUGCUGAUGCGGGCUCUCCAGGUCUGGAUAAUGUGGAAGAGAUAGAAGAGAUAGAAGAUGUACAGGAGUAGGCUGUUGUUCUGUACCAAGAUGUUUGGAAGUCGAUUGAACAUAGGUCUUUGUGCCCGCAUUUGUUUCGAAAUUUUCUUUGCGUUUCCUAUAUGCCUCUGCUAAAUAUCUGUCUAUAUUCUGUAUCUGUAUCAGGUGUAUCCUUGACUAUCUACGACUGGGUGUAUGUAUGUACUAGUGAUGGAAUAAUGGGUAGCUAGCCUACC